AUGAAAUUAAAAACUUUUACUGCCAGGCUGCUGCUGUUACUCCAGUCCGGUAGGUGGCGGUAAUGUGGUUGUAAACCAGCUCACCAGCUGCCAACACAAACAAGACGAAGAAGCAGAGGAAGCAGUAAAACGAUUCUGCUAUUUGGUAGCUUAGCCCGAAUGUGCCUCCAAAUAUGUGACAAACGUGAGGUUAACCAAUUUUCGGACACUCUCUUUAUUUUAUUUGCCAUCACCUGCAAACCAUGGCGGACUGUAAGUUUCUGUUGGACACGGACAUCUUGGCCAAAAGGGACUGUUGCUGUUUCUGCUGCUCUUGUUGUUAUUGUAGCUAGCGCUAGCGUUAGCUAAUUUAGCUCACUGCUGUCUUCGCUCUCAGCAUAACCGAUGUUGAUUCAUUGCUGCGGGACAGUGAACCGUAAAAACAAGGUAACUCUGGAGCAAGUUACAGACAUCGACAACUGUCCUUAACCAUGUUUAUGUUGCGCUUCUUGACACAUUAGUUAAUUAGCCUUAGCCAGUACUUUAGGCAAGGUUGCAGUGCACGACAUGCUAACGUUAUUUAACAAGUGAAACAUCAAAGUUACAGCUGCGUGCUUUAAGAGAAGACACCUUAGUGAAAAUGAUGUUACUAGCUAAAGUCAGCUAACACACCUACGCUGCCAGCAGUUACAGCUGUCUGCUAGUUUUAACAUGGAGCAGCAGACAGCAGCCAGUGACAUGGCUCUCGGUCUUCACCACACAUCUGUCUGAGUUGUAACGCCCGUGAAGGAGAAACCAUGUCUUGCAAAGCCGCAACCAAGGACAAGAAGCCGAGCUUCAGCAAGAAGCUGUUCAGGCGAGGCUCUGUGCGCUCUGUAGGCAGUUUCAUGAGCAGAGUCCUCAGGACACUGACGGCGCUAUCCCACUUUGGCUCUGAGGUGCAGACAGAAGAUGACAAAGAUGAUGGAGGAUUCUCCACGUUCAAAUCUGGGAGUAAAGAUGUGCCCAUGGAUGAUGGGGAGCUCGCAGGGUUUCUGUCUGGAGAGAGAGUUCCUGGAGUGUCAGGCCUCAAGAACCACGGGAAUACCUGCUUCAUGAAUGCAAUCCUGCAGUGUCUCAGCAACACUGAACUCUUUGCUGAGUACCUCGUUUUGGAGCACUACAAAGGUGACGAGCUGGAUGAGGACAAACCAAAGACAAAUGGCGUACUUCUGCAGAAGAAGGGUCCUCUGGCCAAAGGAGAAGUUACAGAGCAGCUGUCAGGACUUGUGCGGGCUUUGUGGACGUUUGAAUAUACCCCACAGCAUAGCAGGGAUUUUAAGAAUGCUGUGUCAAAAAAUGCCACCCAGUUCAAAGGGAACGCUCAGCACGAUGCUCAGGAGUUUCUGCUGUGGCUGCUGGACAGAGUACAUGAAGACAUCAACUCAGUCAACCCCAACUGCAGACCUGCUAUAAAGCCACCCAUUGAAGAAGAUGAUCAGAGCAUAGAGGGGCCGUCUCCUCCCCUCUCUGCUGGGUCAUUUGUACAAGAACUAUUUCAGGCUCAGUACAGGUCUUCUCUUACGUGCCCACAUUGCCAAAAGCAGAGCAACACGUUUGAUCCCUUCCUCUGCAUCUCCUUACCGAUCCCACUGCCACACACACGGCCCCUGUAUGUGACAGUGGUGUACCAGGGGAAGUACUCUCACUGCAUGAGGAUCGGAGUGGCUGUUCCCCUCAACAGCACCGUCUAUCGCCUCAGAGAUGCUGUGUCACGUGAGACCAAGAUCCCGAUGGACCAGUUUGUUUUGACUGAAAUGUACUAUGACGGUUUCCAUCGUUCAUUUUGCGACGAUGACGAUGAUCUCGACAUCAUUCAAGAGAGUGAUUCCAUAUUUGCCUUUGAGACACCAGAGACCUUCAAACUGGAAAACAUACGCACAAAAAGAGGAAGUCUUCUGGCAAACCUGAAUCAUAACAACUUCAAGUACGGGCCAGAGAUCAGCAGGACUCCGUCUUUCAUGCAGGGGGCCAUGACUCCUUUAUCUGCAUCCCCCAAUAAAAACCUGGGACCAGAGAAAAUGAUCCUUCUGGUGUGUAACAGGGCUUGUUCCGGCCACCAAGGAAAGAGGUUCGGACUACCUUUUGUACUGUACAUGGAACGCACUGUGACCUGGGAUGCGCUACAGAAAGAGAUCCUGGAGAAAAUGCGUCAUCUUUUGAGGCCAGGUGUCUACAUUCAGGUUGGACCUUUCAGUCUUCGGGUGGUCGGCGUUGUUGGUAUCACCUACCUCCUUCCUCAAGACGAGCGACCACUGUGUCACCCAACAGUGGAAAGAGCCUACAAGUCCUGUGGACAAGGAGGGCCGCCGCAUGUGAAGAUUGUGGUGGAGUGGGACAAAGAGACCAAGGACUAUCUGUUUGGACACACUGAGGAGGAGUACAUUCCUGAUGCUGAGAGUGUGUAUCUGCACAGGGAGCAGCAUCAUCAGCCGCAGGCCUGCACCCUCGCCCAAUGCUUCCAGCUCUACACUAAGGAGGAGCAGCUGGCCCCAGAUGACGCCUGGCGCUGUCCCCACUGCAAGCAGCUGCAGCAGGGCCGCAUUAAGCUCAGCCUGUGGACGCUGCCGGAUGUGCUUAUUCUGCAUCUCAAGAGGUUCAGACAGGAAGGGGACCGGAGGGUGAAGAUGCAGAACAUGGUGAGGUUCCCACUGAUGGGCAUGGACAUGGCACCUCAUGUGGUGAAGAGAAGCCAGAGCAGCUGGAGUUUGCCUUCCCACUGGUCGCCAUGGAGACGCCCAUAUGGCCUGGGAAGAAACCCCGACGACUACCUGUAUGACCUGUAUGCUGUGUGCAACCACCAUGGGAACAUGCACGGAGGCCACUACACGGCGUACUGUAAGAACUCCAUUGAUGGUCAGUGGUACUGCUUUGAUGACAGCGAGGUUUCAUCAGUACCUGACGAUGACGUGUGUCAGCAGACGGCCUACAUACUGUUCUACCAGCGGAGGACAGUUAUCCCCUCCUGGUCUGCUAACAGCUCUGUUGCUGGUUCCACCAGUUCAUCCCUGUGUGACCACUGGAUCAACCGGUUACCUGGUAGUAGGCCUGCUAGCUUGGCCUCCGGAGCCUCAUCCAGACGCACCUCUCUGGCAUCGCUGGCUGAGUCAGUAGAGUUUCCAGGAGAACGCAGUGAAGAUGAUGGAGGAUUCUCUGUUCGCCCUUUUGUCAGGAGCAUUCAGCGCCAGAGCUUGUCUUCCAGGUCAUCCAUCGCUAGUCCCUUAGCCUUCAGCGACAGUGGGAUAAAGCCUUCCUGGUCUCUCUCCGCAAAGCUGCACAUGAGAUCCAACUCCCCCUCACGUUUCUCCCUCGACUCUCGAUGUUCUCCUCCUCUGGAGAGGAUAGGCGAGGCCUGCGAUGACAAAGUUUCCACGUCCUGUUUUGGCAGCUACAGUAGACACGAACGCUACUUCGGCAGCAGGACUCCCCUGUCCAUGAUGGAGAGCAACUUCAGUGACCAGGACAACAACAAAAGGUUCCUAGACAUGAUGUACUGCAGGGCUCCCACUCCAGUGGAUAAGAAGAGCACCAAAAAUGAGCCAACUGAAAACAACAACCAGAUCACAGCUAUAGACCAAAACAUUCUACCCGCCCAAGCUACUCCUUCCAAAGAGCAGAAGCGUAAGAGCAGUAUAGGAGGAUUUGGCUCAAAGGCAGAAAGCACAGGCUCCACAAAGAGUUCCAGCAAAGUGGAGCAAGAGAAGACUUCCAAAAAACGUUUGUGCGCAACCCACAAGACUUCCACUGCUGAGACGUCUUCCGGUACACCUGUGAAAGGCAAAAAGGUGAGCAAUACUAAAGAAAAGAGUGUAAAGAAAAGCACCGCUACAUCCUGUGGAACUCCCUCCAAAACAAAGGAGGCAACUCGGCCUCUAGAUGCAACGCCACAACGGAAGCCAUUAGUGAGCUCCACACCUCAGUCCUCAGCUUCUCCCUCGCCCACUGCAAAGAAGAAUUCCAGUGUCACUGAGAAAAACUCCACGAGUGGUCGGAAAAGGCUGGUAGAAAGGAGCUACAGCAGAGAUUCUAUGCACACGAGUCCCCUGGUCGACAGUCUCCGAGGCAACUUGGCAUCGCACUCUUCACUGUCUAAGAGUGGUGACAGCACCCGGCCUGAGAGGAGAUCAGUGAGGAGCUCCAGCAGCAGCUCUUCCGUCACUAGCCUGCGCUCCCCGAGCAUAUCCACCAGAGACCUGCAGCGCAGCAGCAAAUCUGAGGAAAAAGGGUUGUCUUUCUUCAAGAGCGCCCUCCGACAAAGGGAAAGCCGCCGGUCGGCUGAUUUAGGAAAAAGCACCUUGCUUGCCAAAAAGGCCUCAGAGAGGACAUGCAAGCAGAACGGACAAGCUAAGGACAUGGGUGGUGAUACUGGAAAAACAGGAGACGCUGUGUCUUCACAGACGUCCGUAGAGACUAAUGGAGGUGAGACAAAGUCAGAGACAAAGGAGUCUUCCAAGCCCCCCAGCUCUCUCAGUCGCACUCUGUUAAACGUCGGCAAGUCCAAGUCUUCCACUUCUGAAGUAAGUCUCAAGUCUCCCUCGAACGGGAAGAAGCCUCUCGAAAGGAUGGCGUCUUCCCGAAAGCUGUCAUCAAGCAUGCAAUCUCCUGCAUGUACAACAAAGAGGCCUCAAUGAUAUAUUCAUAGUAGUUACAUUGAACUCGCAUAAUGCAGCUAUUUUCUUUGUGCCUAAGUUUCAGUGAGCGCCGGGUGUAUUUGUAAAGAGACACAUUUUUUGAUGUUACCGUUUUGUACACUGGAAUCAGAUACACACGCUGGCGUUGAAUUACAAAUAGUGGCAGACGGCUUUGGGAAAUUUUAGCUGUGCUGCAUAGAAAGUAAAGUACUGUACAUCAUCUGCAUAUUUUGGGUGCCAAACAGAUGCUUGGUAUGCCGCCAGUUUGAGUUUUUGGAGCUGUGUGUAUUGUUACCAAUUACACCUUUUGAGCAUUAGGUAAUGUUUUGAUGCGAGUGAGACAAUCGCUUGACACGUUCGAUGUUUCCCUGGCAUGGCGGGUACAUGAGCAUGCCAUAUGCAUUCAGCUGUACAGCACAAGU